AUGUCAGUUAAAGACGAUAUUCCUGCCAUCUUUUUAGAUAAGGUCUCUCCAAGAGGUCUUGAAGCAAUUCAAAAAACAAAGGACUUUGUCGAGCAGUAUUGUAUUCCUGCUGAUAGAGUCUUCCACGAACAAAUCUCAAAAGAUCCAGCUACAAGAUGGAAACAAGUCCCAGCUGUUCUUGAGCCGUUGAAGCAAAAAGCUAAGGAAUUGGGGUUGUGGAACAUGUUUUUGUCAAAGCACUACAAGGAGGGUCCUCAAUAUACCAAUUUGGAAUAUGGAUUAAUGGCUAGGUACUUGGGAAGAUGCCACACUGGGCCAGAAGCCACAAACACCAGUGCACCAGAUACGGGUAAUAUGGAAUUGCUUGCAAAAUACGGGUCAAAAUACCAUAAAGAGAAAUACUUGGCUCCUUUGAUGGAUGGGAAAAUCAGAUCAGCCUUCGUCAUGACUGAAAAGGGAAUUUCAUCAUCAAAUGCAUUAAACAUUGCCACCACUGCUAUCAAAAACUCGCGUGGGAACUAUGUUUUAAACGGAACCAAGUGGUUUGCUUCCGGUGCUGGAGAUCCAAGAUGUGCUGUUUGGUUGGUUAUGUGUAAAACGGAUAACAAUGAGAGCAAUCCAUUCAGAAACCAUUCAGUGUUGGUCAUCGAUGCUAAACAAGCUGUUGCAUCCGGUAAAGCUGAGGUUGUGAGACCAUUGCAUGUUUUCGGCUACGAUGAUGCUCCUCACGGACAUUGUGAAAUUGUGUUUAAAGACUACGAGGUUCCAUCGGAGUUAAUGCCCGAAACUAUCUUGGCUGGUGUUGGUAGAGGCUUCGAAUUGAUUCAAGCCCGGUUGGGUCCUGGUAGGAUCCAUCAUUGUAUGAGAGCUAUUGGUAGUGGUGAGUUUGCAUUAUUGCGUAUUGCUCACAGAGCAAACCACAGAAUCAUAUUUGGUAAACCAAUGAAUAGAAGAGAAGGAUUCUUGAUGCAGUAUGCCAAGUACAGAAUUGAAAUUCAAAAGUGUUUAUUGUUGGUUUUGAAUGCUGCUCACAAGAUUGACAUUUCAAAUGCCAAAGAAGCGCAAAGAGAAAUUGCCAUGGCUAAGAUCGAGACUCCUAAAGCCAUUGGUGAAGUUCUUGACUGGGGUGUUCAGGUCUUUGGCGCCGAAGGUGUCUCUCAAGAUACGGAAUUGGCACAAAUGUGGGCUUGGAACAGAACAUUGAGAAUUGCCGAUGGCCCUGAUGAAGCUCAUUUGUCCCAAUUGGCAAGAAGAGAAGCCUCCAAGUUCCCACAAGUUGACGAGUUUUUCAACAAUGUCGAUUCAAGAGUUGAGGCUAUCAGUAAAUUAUAA